AUUAAAUGCGCAAAAAGGGAGCAUAGCGCGGAAACAUACAGCCGUUGUCGUUUUCGCAUUUGUGCUUUGUUGAUUGCAGAGACCAGUGGGAUUAAGGUAGUGCGAAUGAGGAUUCAUUGCACUUAACCCCAUUACACCUUGUGGGAGUUGAUUGACCAUCUUGCUUUCAUAGCCAACUUGUGCCAAAGCCGACCUAUCUGGCCAGCCCGGGUGUCCAUGUGGCUGGCAUUUGGUGAUAACAGCAGGCAGGAGUGGAGUCGAAAGCCCAGAGGAUCGAUCACAUGGUGUGCAUGCGUACAUUACUGAGCAGGGGUGGCACAGUUCCGGGAGAUGUGAUUAAUGACUGGGAGCGAGGAAUCUCCGCUGCUCGGACGAUGAGUCACCAAGCUGGGGGAGUACCAUUGGUUGUACCAUGCAGUGUGCCAUGGGUGGUAUGCUUCCAUGAUGCAAAAGCAGCAAAACUGGAUUUGCAUACAGCUACGUGGAGUUUGAAUGCUUUGACCGAUCGAAUUGCUGGCAGCUGCGUUCUAAAUGACACGCGUCGCCGAGGAUGUCUUGCACGUCGAGAACGCAGUAUUGCAGCAGGAGGACCGACUGCAGAUGCAGUUUGGAAUCCAUCUGAAAAAGACCAUACCCUCGCAGAGAAAAGCUCCUGCUCCUGCUUGCAUACUACCUCUGAUCUUGCUGUUAAUUGGAAUGCUGACGAGAGUCGCGGCAAUGGUUCUCACAGCAAAAGCAAUCAAGCCAGUGAAUCACUGGCAUUCUCCCGCACUUCGGUUAAAGACAUCAUGGCAGUGCAUCUUGCGGCUGAGGAACAGCUUUCAGCCGAUAGCGCACGAGGGUAUUCAUCUGAAGAUGGGCCUGAGCCUAGCAUGCAGACAACCACCGUCCGAGAUGAUAGUGGUGAGGGCCACCUGCAGGCCAGGCAAAUGGAGGAGAGAGGCCUCCAGUUCUGGAUUGGGGAUGCCUUCUACAGGGCAGAGAGUGCACUCUCCCGAGAUCUUUCCACAUUAGCAGCUGCAGUUUAUCGCGAUAAGCAUGGGCGACUCACUGUCAUUGAUGCUAUGGCGGGAUGCGGAGUGAGAGCAGCACGUUACCUGAGUCAGGCGGGAGCUGACUUUGUCUGGGCGAAUGAUGCAUCCAUUGCAAACCACCUGCCUCUUGUCCAAAAUCUGUCCAGAUGCUCUCAAUUAGAGGCCUGCAAUGGUUCUGCAAGGACAUUGGGAUCGGGACCUGAGGUUGAGUGGGGGAUGGAAGCAGCCACUGAGGGUGUCGCUCCGGGUGGAGACUCGACAUGGCGUGUAUCGCAUGAUGACGUUGUUCGAGUGCUGUCCUCGCGCAGGUCUGGUCCCUCUAGGGAAGACAUAAAUGGAGCUGCGAAUGUCAAGGAUGACCACUUCGACAUUGUUGACAUUGACUCAUUUGGGUCAGAUGCGUGGAUGUUCUCCAGUGCACUGCAAGCAGUUCGAUAUGGGGGAAUGAUCUAUGUGACUUGUACAGAUGGCCUAACUGCUGGUGGGCAUCAGCCACUCACAUCGCUCGCAUCGUAUGGUGCGAUGGUACUCCGAUUGCCUUAUGCAAAUGAGAUUGGUAUCCGAAUGCUCAUUGGUGGACUGGUCAGGCAGGCAGCAAUGUGGGGAUUGCAUGCUUGGCCUGUUUUCUCUCAUUAUUCUUAUCAUGGGCCAGUCUUCAGAGCCAUGAUGAGGAUCCAAAAGAUCAAAGGAUCGCAUUCGUGGCCGUCGGAGUGGUACGCUUUCAUUGGAUACUGUCAUUCAUGUGGAGAAAGCCGUGUGGUGCAGUGGGAAGAUCUGGGCAAUGUAUUCUGUGCCUGCAGACAGGAUGCAGGAAGGCCGAUGCAAUUAACUGGCCCUCUGUGGGUAGGUCCAUUGCACACCGAAGAGGAUGUAAGGGAGAUGGAGUCAAAGGCAGAGAGUUGGGGGUGGAUUACCAGUGGGCAAACGAAGGAAGCAGGCGGGAGCAGAUCAAAGGGGAAGAGCUUGGACCUGAGAACCCUUCUUGAGAUCAUGCUUGAAGAGUGUCAGCCUGGCCUUUCACCUUAUUACACAAGUCUAGAUCUGAUAUCACGAUUUGGUAGAAUUCAAACUCCAAGGCGGGAUGCAUUGGUUCAGGCCCUUCGACAGGAAGGGUAUAUUGCCGGGCGAUCUCAUGUGGAGCGAAGCUCAGUGAAGACAAAUGCGCCAAUGGCUGAAUGUAUUCGUAACUGCGGCCACGUACUGAUCACCGUUGUCGUCGUCGUCAUGUGCAGGUCGGCGCGCGGAGUCCCAGCUAUGGUGCCAGACGAGGAAGACGCACAUGCCGACGUCAAUCUGUUGUUCGGACUGUGUAGCGGGAGCUCAACGGCGAUGACACGUAAGCUCAUCAUCAAUCCCCACCCUGACGGCGAUUGGGGUGAUGCGGCGCUCGUCGGUCGGUCGGGCGGGGGGUCGUCGAUUGGAUCGCCGGCAACAAAGAAGACGAGGGACCGACACUGUCUGCAGUCGAAGUCGGCGCCGGCAACACGCCCCGAAGUCGUUCGUUCGCAGCGAAUGCAAUUGCCAUCGCCAUUGUCGGGAGGUCAGGUGAGUGGAAGGCGCUCGGGUGGGGGCGGUGUGGACGCCAGAUUUGCAGUCGACGUCGAUGAGCGGACGGGUCGGCGGGUGUGGGCGGAACAUCGGCAACAGCUUCGUGGAGAUCGUGAAGACGCGAUAACGAGGGGGGUUCGACAGCUGCAUGUCGGCGGAAGCGACACAGAUAAAGAGGCGGCAGUGGAAGUAGACGACUUUGAAGACAUGGACGAGGAAGACGAAGACAAUGAAGAGGCCGCUGUGGACAUUCGGCCUGUGGGCAGGACGUCCAUGGGUGGUUGGGGAAGAAGCAAGAAAGCUUAUGCUGCACAUGGACGACAGACGAAGAAGACUGCAUCUGGCGGGAGCGAUGGCGAAGGUGACAUCGACGUGGACAGUGGGAGGAACUUCUGGUCGGUGGACCACAUGGUCGCUCUCGUGAGUGCGAAACGGGAUCAGGAUGCACACCUGGAGGGUAUGGGGCACGCAUUUGCCCGCAUGAAGCCAAGGGAAUGGAAGUGGCAGGAUGUUCAUGAGACAUUGAAGAAGGUGGGCGUCGCUAGGAGUGGCGAGAACUGCGGGAAAAAAUGGGACAACUUGAUGCAGCAAUUCAAGAAGGUGCACAGGUUCAUGCAGGAGUCCGGGAAACCGGACUACUUCCAACUGACGGGCAAGGAAAGGAGAUCACACGGAUUCAACUUCGUAAUGGAGCGGGCGGUGUAUGAGGAGAUCAAAGGAUCGACAACGAAGAAUCACACCAUCCAUGAGAGGAACGUCGCUGACACGGGUGCGCCGGGUGGUGUUGAAAUGUCGUCCGGCUCGUGGGGGGGAAGAGGCGAUGGCGGAGGGGUGGGCGACGUAGGUGGCGAGCCACAGGAAGAAGAGGACGGGUCGACUAAAGUUAAGGAGACGGAGUCAUCAACGUCGCUGACCCCGCGACGUCAAGCAGUUCAAGACGAGGCCGUAUCAGGUGCGUUCCAACGCGCGGUUGGCAGUUGUGGCACUGGCGGCGCUGGUGGCGUGGUUGCAGCGGCAGGCGCUGGUGGCGCUGUGCUCACGAGAGCGGCGGGUGGUGCGGCGCAUGCCGUCAACAACACAGAUGAUGAAGACGAGGAACCACUGGCGAACAGGGUGUGGAGAGGGAAUGGGCCGAUUGUUUUGGCGGAGCAAACAAGGUUGUGGGUUGACGACAACCGAUUCUGGAACGAUACAGAAGACAAUCGGAUGUACAAGAUCGUCAAUGGCACGCGAAACUAUCUUGUCUCCGUCGUUAGAGGUGUGAAUCCUCUCUCGCGCAGCGUCGUCCUUCCGCAUUCUUCCAUCGCGCAGGGGACAAUAACGGACGAAUCUCAGUUGCGCGAAGCUACGGAGAGGGCAGCAAAGGUGCAAAGAGUGGUCAUGCGUGUGAUCCAUGGUUGGAUCUUCAAGUCGACCAGCAGGUCACAAGGAUACACAGCCGCGUACGGGUACCUGCUCCAACACGUGGCAACAGACAUCACACGCGCGAUGUGGUGCGCUGAAGAAUGGAGUGUGUGUGUGAGCUCCGUUGUUUGCCACGUCACCCUGGAAUUGGGCAUGCAGGUCCCUCUGUGGUUCGUCAGCACACACAUCGAAGACAGGCCUGAAGACGACGAACUCGCGAUAUAUCAAGAGGAGACGUUGCAACGCCUUGUGGCUGGUUUCACAAGCGCGGUGGUCGUGGCUGAGCUUCAAGAUGGCGGCCGCCUGUCACAUGACAGGUUGAAAAAUGUGGCGGAGGGGAUGAAGGUUUUUGUGGUCGUCGUCAUGUGGUUGAUGCGCAUGUCAGGACAUGAUCUGCGUUCACACUACGCGGCAUCCUUUUUCGUGCAACUAGCGGCGAAGCCGACCCUCCUAGCUUCAAUGCAUUGCUCGUUCGACGCGCGUCGACACAUCACGCAAGCCGCGAACGUCGUCACGGAGCGGCUCUGCAAGCCCCCCAUGGUUUUAGCGGAUUCCCCUCAUUACAUCCUAGACUGGGCGUCUUGUGGUGUGAAAUUCGGACAUGACGCAAACUUGCCAUCACCUGAUGAUGCGAAACGUUUAGAUUGGUUGGGAACGGGACCUCUUGAAGAGGAGGACGAUGACGACGGCGAGCAGCAAAAAGUAGGAGGGCGGUAGGCGGCCAUCAUUAUGGCCAUCACCCAGCAGUAGAAAGCAAGAGGCGGGUAGGCGGCUCAGACGCG